CUUGCGCGAGACUGCGCCUGUGCCCACAACUUCCUACCGUGGAAGCGCCAUUUUUAUCGUUGUUUCGGGACUACAGCAUGUCGUUGUCAAGCAGAUAAUUAGACUACUCUCUAGCCCUGUGUGACAUCGUUUUCAGCAUUUCUACAUAAUGGGACGAAAGAAGAAGAAGCAGAUGAAGCCAUGGUGUUGGUACUGUAAUCGAGACUUUGAUGAUGAAAAAAUCCUCAUUCAGCAUCAGAAGGCAAAGCAUUUUAAGUGCCAUAUAUGCCACAAGAAGCUGUACACUGGUCCUGGCUUGGCUAUUCACUGCAUGCAGGUGCACAAAGAGACAAUUGAUAGUGUACCAAACGCAAUUCCUGGAAGAACAGACAUUGAACUGGAGAUUUAUGGCAUGGAGGGAAUUCCAGAGAAGGACAUGCAGGAAAGGAGACGAACAUUAGAACAAAAAUCACAAGAGAGUCAAAAGAAGAAGUCAAACAAUCAAGAUGACUCUGAUGAUGACGACGAUGAUGAUGAAGCGGGACCAUCGACUCAGCAGGUUGCUGCAGUCCAGCCCCAAGCAGGCUAUGCUACUCCAAUGGCCCAGCCUGGGAUGCCUCAUGUGGCUGGCGCACCCGGGAUUCCUCCUGCGGGAUAUCAAGGAAUGCCUCCUAUGAUGCCCGGUGUUCCUCCCAUGAUGCACGGCAUGCCUCCUGCAAUGCAUGGAAUGCCACCAGCCAUGAUGCCAAUGGGAGGGAUGAUGCCCCCUAUGAUGCCAGGGAUGCCUGCUAUACCUCCAGGAAUACCACCUCACAUGGCUCCAAGGCCUGGGAUUCCCCACAUUGCCCCAGCUCCUGCAGCAGGACCGAUACCCAGCCGACCAGCAGCACCAGUGGUCCAGCCUGCUGUUACCAAACCGCUCUUCCCCAGUGCAGCACAGAUGGGCUCUGGUGUUCACAGCAGCACAGCAGCCGUUUCUUCUCCACCUGCAGACCUUCAGUCUGCCUCAUCUCAGCCUCUCUUUCCUAACAUACCACAAGCCCAACAGACCACUUCAGGAACUGCAGCUUCAAACUCACUCAGCACUGGAGCAUCGUCCGACCCUCCCAAAGCGACAUUCCCUGCUUAUACCCAGCCCUCUGUCUCCUCUUCCUCUUCCAUUUCUUCUUCUAAUCCCUCUAGCAGCACUGUGGCCAAACCCCCUGCCACAGUGACCAGUAAGCCUGCCACCCUCACCACUACGAGUGCAACUAGUAAGUUGAUCCACCCUGAUGAGGAUAUCUCACUGGAGGAGAUGAAAGCCCAGUUACCCCGUUACCAGCGUCUCAUACCCAGACCUGGUCAGGCCCAUGCAGCUGCUCCAGCAGUGGCAGCUGUGGGAAAUAUAUUACCCCCACAGCAAGGCCUGCCACCACAGCAGCCUGGCAUGAGGCAUCCCAUGCACGGUCAAUAUGGUGCCCCUCCUCAGGGCAUGCCAGGCUACAUGCCUGGGGGGAUGCCUCCAUAUGGGCAAGGUCCUCCUAUGGUGCCCCCUUACCAGGGAGGCCCUCCCAUGGGUAUGAGGCCGCCUGUCAUGUCUCCGGCUGGACGCUACUGAAGAAGAAAAGCAGCCACCACAUUAGGUUUGAGGUUAACACCUUUCUCUCUCAACCUUGUGCUUUUUCAAACCUAGCUGCAAGCAAAGAGCAGUAAGGCCAGUGGUGGUGAAGACAAACUUAUUUGUUAGAACACAUGGACAUUUGUUGUAACAUGUUUAUUGGAAAAGACGGCUAAACACCACAUGAAUACGUUAACGGCUGUUUGGGUGUUAUUUGAUCACACGUGAGGAUAUAUUUUUUCCCAUAGGUUUCUCUCAGGUUCAUAGAGGUGAAGUGUGUAAAAAUGAUUCUUAUUUCUUUUGAAGCUGCUGGAGUUACAUGAACAUACCAACCCCUUACAAAGGCAAGUUUCUCUUGUAAACAUUUAAUUUUUUAUUUCUUUGGUAGGCUGAUUGAGGCCCUCACAGCACGCUUAGGUGCUGUUGGACAUUCGUCCCCAACCUUGGUUGGUGAGGGUCUCAGUAAUUAAAGAUGAUUCCAACAAAGUAGUGUUACAAAACCAUGACUCAUCAGUCUCUAGCUUUAUUCUACAUUUUUUUUCAGGUUUGUUUUAAUAUUUCCUGGUCAAACGCUUACUUGUAUGCAUCCUUUGUAAUGUUUUAUCAAUCUGUUGUAAUAAAAUCCAUUUUUGAAAUCCAA